UACCAAAAAUGGCGUCGUCCAUUCGCUGAUUUUUUGUUGUUGCCCCUGGAGAGAAAAUGCAGCAAAUCUUACCUCAAAAUAUAGAAAUCGUGUGAAAUGUGAGAUUAAUAAAACCGAGACGCAAGGCAUGAGAAGUAAACACCGCGGACGCAGGAAUUGACACCGACUUGCUGCACCGACGGAGCCAUGGCUGCAGCGGCGGCGACUGCACCUGCCACUUCCAACGGGAGUUCUGCACCUGCAGCACCUGCAGCUAACCCAGGAGGGGGGGCGGCUGGUGGUGCCCAGUUCCGGGAAAUACACAAGAAUACAUGGCUGAAGAGGCUUACGGCGGAUGGCAAGCGUUUGACUGUGGGCCCCAAGAAAUCAGAGUGCACCUGGGUGGUGUUCUGCGUUCACGACGACACCGAUGCUUUGCUGGAGGGCUACGCCGAACCCCGUCAGGCAGCUGGACACCUGCCCGAAUGGUCGGUGUCGCUGCGGGAGGCGCUACACAUAUCGCACGCCCUCAUCCCCAAUUCGCACGAGUUCGAGUUUGUGGUCACGCUCAGCAACGAGGUGUUACGAUUCCACGCCGUCUCUUGGGAGAUUAUGCAAGAAUGGGUGGAAACGCUGCGCUCCAAGUUGCGCGAAAUGAAGAUUCUGUCGCCGCGCGAAAACCUCUACACCAAGUUACCUGAAGUGCGUGCCCCGCUGCUUCCCACACGGGAUCCCACAUCGCCGCUGCCGCCCCCGCCGCCAGUACCGGCGGCUCUCGUUCCCGGAAUUGAGCGUGUGGUGGCCGCCAGUCAUCACCAGCCGCAACAGACUCUGCCGGAUCCGCCCUCCAGUCCUGCUAUUGUUCUACCCACUGCCCCUGCUCCAACUGCCAUGUCCAACACCCUUACCCAGCACCUGCUCAAUAUGCUCUCCGAUCCCAUUAGCACCUACAGCGAGCAGAUAAGCGAGUCCUCAGCCGCGGCAGAGGAAGAUGCGGCUGCAGGAGGAGAAGCGACUACUGGGGAGGCAGCCCCUACUACCAGUGAUACGGAUCUGAACCUGUCCGACGAUGAGUUUCUAUCGCCCCUGUUGCGCAAGGCUUGUGUGCUCACGGAGAACGGAGUCCGCGUGGAUGUGUCGGCCGCCACAGCACAGCGUGCUUCUGCUGAUCAAAUCCUCAAUCUGGAGCACAUGCUGCAAUGCGAACGACUAAUUCCCAGGCCCCAAACAUCUCGAUCCAUGUCCGCAGGUGCGGCUGACAAAUCAAAGAGACCACAACCACACAAGCCACUGUGCUUCCAAUCAUCGAGUGCGGCUGCCGUCGCCGCUGCGAACAGCUCAGAGGAGCCUCAGGACAACAACAUAACGAUCAUUCAGGUGUCAAACCCCAGCAGUAGUGGCCUGGAACAGCCGCCCGAACUUCCGCCCAAGAAUGCCUCUUCAGCCGACGUGUUUAGCUUUCCCGAAGCGAAGGGGGGAUCCAGGUCUAAGGGAAACACCAAGCAACAGCAGCCAUCACAGCCACAGGAAUACAAAAGCAAUGUACAAAUCAUUCCGUCCAAUGCCAGUAGCAGUACCAUACAAGUCUUGGGCCAGCAGAUACCCAGCAGCAGCAGCAAUAAUGCCGGCGCAAACGAUUCAAGUUCGCAGAUUUCCAGCACCACCACCAAGGUGAAGGUGCUGACUGGAGAGUUGGGUGAAGGCACCACAGUGGCGGUGUACGGCACCUGCUAUCCGCCGCCCAGUGCUGCUGCCUGCUCCUCUUCCUCCGCUGUGAUCUCUGCCACAUCGCAGGGCCCAAAAAUAGGUAAAAAGAUAAUACUCAGCGCCGACACCUCAGGCAUUACGAAUAUCAGCGUGAAUAGCGAGCAGAGCAGUGACUCCGUCAUCAGUGGCAACGUGCACUAUGAGAAGGUAUUCCUCUCCUCCAGCAUACCCAUUAGUAGCAGCAGCCCCGUUAGAGGGAUAAGCAGUGAUUCCAUACAGCUUGUGGCUAAUGGAAGCCGGAGCCCGGCAUUGGCGCGUCGCCAGUUGGCUGCUACACCCGCGGCACCUGCUCAGCAAAUGACACCUGUCAGGCCAACCCCGCGGUUGACCCGAGGUCUUACCGAACUGGUGAUAAGCUCGCGGCCCAGCCGAAGGGAUUUACACUAUUUGAAACAGCUCAACACUCCUUUAAGAACAAGCAAAAUAUCGACUCAUAAAUCUACAAGCGCCACGAACAACAACAUUGAGCAGCAGCCACAGAAUCAGUCCACGCCCUCGAGCUCCACUCAAUCCCCGCAGGUAAGAAGCCUCUGCACCACAAUGAACGAGGACUUCAAGCAGCGCCGGCGCAGCUCGUCCACAUCGGAUGCACAGGGACCUCUGCAGCGGAUGCCACAAGCGCAAGGAACUCAGCGAAAUGCGAAUAACAAUGAGUUUACUCCCUCCCGAAACGGAGGCGUCUUUCGCAUGCAGCCACCGCCACAGGGCACACCAUCAUCCAAUCCAAGCUCCACCCAGGCGCAGCAGCAGUCGCCUAAUAAGCGAUUUACGCUGAGAGAGCAGCAGGUAAUGCAGUUGCGUCGGGAAAUCAUACAUCCGGGCGGUGUGCGCUUGAACCUGAGGCGUAAGGAUUGCGUCGGCUCUAUUGCUUGGGUGGAUGCCUUCGGAGGCGUUUGGAUUGCUGGCUGGAAGCAGAAGGAGCAUCCGGUGCUGUACAAUGCCUUGCACAUUGGCGAUCAGCUGCUGUCCAUAGCAGGCGUUAGCAUCAGCAGUGCGGUGGAGGCCAAUAAGAUAAUCAGGAACUCCAACACGCUCUUUGUUGAGGUGCUGCUGCGUCGCAUUCCAUUUGGUCGGGCCUAUGCCAUCCGACGUGAUCGAGAGGGCCAAUGCUUGGGCCUGAUUAGAGAUGGAAAUACUUCAACCAUUGUGGAUGUGGUACCCAACAGCUUGGCCGCACGCCACGGCCUGCCGCCCAAGGCGCAGUCCUGCGACGGCAGUUCUCUAACCUUCUGGAUCCUCACCGAGAUCAAUGGCCGUCCUUUGAAUCUCUUCUUCAAGGACCUGGAGAUACGGGAUCGAUUGAACUCAGUGGGCAGGGAUAUAUCCAUACUGGUGCAGCCUUCAGAUUUGAUAGCCAAGCUGAAGAAGCAGCUAAAGUCGCUGCGCGGCUACAAGGACUACUUGGUGCAGUAGCAACUUUCCAGAUCGAAUUAUCGCAAUAAUCUCAACCAAUAACUCGUAACUGUAAUAUGCUCGUAUAGCUCUGGGCCAGUAAUCAUUCCAUUCCCGUAUAUAUGUACGUCAAUGAUAGUCAACUAUAUAUACACACACACACACACCACUUACUAGGAUCAUCGAAACUACUUAAUGGAUGUAACGUAGGUGUAGUUGAGGAGAAGCAUAUACAAAAUCAACCUAUACAUAUAUAAAAAUAUAUAUUUUUGCAAACUUUUAUAUAAACUCAUAUUCAUAUAUAUACAAAUUGAAUAUAGAUAUAUAUACACCAUAGUUGAAUAGCUGACACUUUGGAACGUCACUAAUCUGAAACUCUGAAUUUGGAUGCGAAAAGAUAAUGCAAAAUUUGUAUUUUAGUUUUAAAUUACACACAUCAACUCACACACACACAUGUGCAACUUAGUAUCCUUAUGCAAUAUUGGAGUGCCUCUAAUUUUGUUUCAUGAAUGUUUUGUUUUCUUUAGUAUAUUUUCAAUUGUUUUUCGUGUAAAGAAAAAGGACAAAACAAAAACAUCUAUAUUGUAACAUUUAAGAUGUGAUAGAAAUGAGUAAUUUAGGCAAUUUUUAACGGUACAUUUUGUAAAUGCUGGUAUAUUUUCUAUAUGUAUAUAUUUAAGUUUCAGUUGGUAAAUUCGAAUAUACAAAAUGCAUAUAUAUUAUUACUUAUUUAACAACCUUGUGAAAGAAACAUUCAUUAAAGCAAUUCCAAACACA